AUGGACAACCAUCGGGGCCAAGGAGACCACCGCCGCACUCCGACCCACGCUGGAGGUGGAGACCACUCAUCUUCUGUUCGUCACCUUGAAGAUCGGGUUCAUCUUCCCUUCCCUCCGCAGGGUUUCUAUCCCCCGCAGGUGGUCCUCCCUCCACAGGUUUUCUAUCCCCUACAGGGGGACUACCGUCCGCAGGGUUUCUAUCCCCCGCAGGUGGAUUACCUUCCGCAGGGGGACUACCGUCCGCAGGGGGACUACCGUCCGCAGGGUUUCUAUCCCCCGCAGGUGGACAACCGUCCGCAGGGUCUCUACCCUCCGCAGGGUUUCUAUCCCCCACAGGUGGACUACCUUCCGCAGGGGGACUACCGUCCGCAGGGUUUCUAUCCCCCACAGGUGGACCACCUUCCGCAGGGGGACUACCGUCCGCAGGGUUUCUAUCCCCCACAGGUGGACCACCUUCCGCAGGGGGACUACCGUCCGCAGGGUUUCUAUCCCCCACAGGGGGACUACCGUCCGCAGGGUUUCUAUCCCCCGCAAGUGGACUACCUCCCGCACGGUCUCUACCGUCCGCAGGGUUUCUAUCCCCCGCAGGUGGACCACCUUCCGCAGGGGGACUACCGUCCGCAGGGUUUCUAUCCCCCACAGGUGGACCACCUUCCGCAGGGGGACUACCGUCCGCAGGGUUUCUAUCCCCCGCAAGUGAACUACCGUCCGCAGGGUUUCUAUCCCCCACAGGUGGACUACCUUCCGCAGGGUCUCUAUCCCCCGCAGGUGGACUACCUUCCUCAGGGCUUCUACCCCCCUCAGGUGGACGACCCUCAGCUGGUGGUUCUCCCUCCGCAGGCGGCUGUCGUGGAUCCUGGUGUUCAGCCUCCCUCUCCUCCUCUUUCUUCACCUCCUGAUUCUCCUAACUUUCUUUUUCCUUCCCCAGCACCUUCCUCUCCGGCUCUCACGUCUCCCUCUUCUUCCUGCUCUUCUGAUUUUUCCGCCUCAGAUUUCCAGAGUCCUGAGGAGUUCCUGAACUUUUUUGUACAUACUCUGGAUUCAGCUCCAGCCUCCCCCAGUACUUCUCCUCCUCAGGUUCCUGCUAGUCAUGGUGGAGCCGCCUCUUCCCCUCCUGUUUCUGCCCCUCCUCCUUUUCUUUCCUCCCCAUCAGGUCCUGCCUCUCCCUCUUCUCCCGAUGCGCCUUCCUCAUCUUCUUUUUCUGCCUCUGAUUUCCAGAGCCUUGAGGAGUUCCUGGACUUUUUUGUGCAGACUCUAGAUCCAGCUCCUGCCUCCCCCACGGUUUCUCCUCUCCAGGUUCCUCUCAUCCUCGGUGCAGCUGUCGUCUCUCCUCCUGGCAGUGCUCCUCCUUCUCCCCUCUUUGCCUCCCCCUCACACUCUUCCUCCCCAGAUCCAGAGGAGUUGGUUUUAGGUCCAGACCUCCCUUCUCCCUCUGUGUCAGAUGUCCGUGACCCAGAUUGCCCAACAGUUCCUAACACUGUUUCUCCCACUCCCUCUUCUUCCCACAAACGCAGCAGGUCCGAGUGCUCUGCUGAGAACAGCUCCAAGAGGCGGCGCUGCUCGUCUCCUGCUCCUGCCUUCUCCCCUUCUCCCCUCUCCCCCUCUUCUUCCUCCCGCUCUCCUUCGUCCUAA